AUGUGGCUCAUCAACAGCCGAAACAUGAAACUGGAGUUCAUGCAGAAUCCAAAGAAAAAUUCAUACGCAAUUCUCUCUCACACCUGGGGCGACGAUGAGGUCUCCUUCCAAGAGUAUCGCCAAUACGAACAAGGGAGAGCGCCCGGACAUGCUAGGACAGGCCUUGAAAAGAUCAUCAUGACUUGCCAACUGGCCUUGACGCGAGGACUUGCAUACUGCUGGGUCGACACGUGCUGCAUCGACAAGUCGUCAAGCGCAGAACUGAGCGAGGCCAUCAACUCCAUGUUCCAGUGGUACAAGGACGCAGCCGUCUGCUUUGCAUAUCUCUCCGAUGUCCGGGCUGGGGACAGCUUUGGCCGGGCGUUUGCGGCAUCUCGAUGGCUGAAGAGAGGAUGGACGCUACAGGAACUCAUUGCUCCUCGCAACGUUGAGUUUUACGACGCGGCUUGGAGUAAGAGAUCGUCAAAGGCUGAAUCACUCACCUUCCUGUCCAACUGCACCGGCAUUGAUCGCGAAGUGUUGGAGGACUGCACAAACCUCUCCCGAAUACCCAUCGCAAGACGCAUGUCGUGGGCGUCAAUGCGGAAGACGACCCGCAUCGAAGACACUGCGUACUGUCUGAUGGGCAUCUUCGACAUCCACAUGCCCAUGAUCUACGGAGAGGGAAAAAAAGCGUUCAUGAGGCUGCAAGAGGAGAUUGCAAAGCAGAGCUGUGAUCUCUCUUUGUUUGCGUGGACAUCAAACAUUCCGCCUGAGCUUGACGAACCUGAAGAGGACAGAGACGAAAGAUCCUCUGAAGGUAUCCGCGAGGAGUUCAGAGGCGCCUUUGCCAGGUCACCAAGGGAGUUCUACUACUCUGGGAACCUCAAUCGUGGACAAAUGGGCGGGCUCAUGGACCCAGAGUUUACUAUUACAAAUAAGGGAGUCCGCAUA